UAUAUAUAUAUAUAUAUAUUGCCAAAUGUAUUGGGCCAGCUCUCCAAAUCAUUGGAUUCAGGUGUUCCAAUCACCUCCAUGGCCACAGGUGUAUAAAAUCAAGCCCCUAGGCAUGCAGACUGCUUCUACAAACAUUGGUGAAAGAAUGGGUCGCUCUCAGGAGCUCAGUGACUCCAAGCGUGGUCCCGUGAUAGGUGGUCACCUGAGCAAUAAGUCCAUCCGUGACAUUUCCUGGCUACUAAAUAUUCCACGCUCAACUGUUAGUGGGAUUAUAACAAAGUGGAAGCCACUGGGAACAACAGCAACUCAGCUACAAAAUAGUAGACCACAUAAAAUGAAAGAGUGGGGUCAGUGCGCAGAUGUUGCCAACUGUCUGCAGAGCCAAUAGCUAACGAUUUUCA